UUGAGGAAGAAGAUGUUGAUACACAAUAUUAGCGAUAAUGUAAUCCUACCUUCUGAUACUGCCCAGGAGACCACACCAGUAUCUACUCCAGCUAGCACAGAAUCAGGAAAAGAAACUACAGACAUUUUUUCCGAUGGUCUAACUAUUGAUGAAACCUUGUUAUCAAAAAGUAUGGAUUACACAAUGACGGAAGUUGUCUCUAUUCAGGACAUGAGAGACAUCAUAGAACAGCUACGAAUGGACCUUGCCACAACACAAAAUGAACUUGAAAACAUUAUUCUAGACAAUAACGAAUUCCGUUCACAAGUGACCAAUCUUAUCAAAGAAAAUAACACAUUAAAGGCUUUUCUAUCCAAAACACCACCAAAGAAAAGUAAAUCAAAUUGUAGCACCAAAAAGAAAAUUAGAAGUUCCCCGCGAUAUUCAGAUGUAAAUAUAAUAGCCACACCGCCCAGGGCAUUCAGUGACAACAAGACAGAGGAAUUCUCUAACAGGAACAUCCUAACCCUCGAGCAGAAUCUUAAAGAUCUCGAGCUGCAACUGAAGUCAGUCCAAAAAUGA